GACCCGGUUUGAGUGGCGCAGCGCCUGUUCGCCGCCGUAUCUGCCUCUGCCCGGUUCUCCCUCGUUCUGCCGCCUUAUAUAACUCCCGUCCGCCUCCCACCCUCCUCUCUUCCUUCUUUCUCCCUCCACACUACUCUCCUACUACCACUACCACACACACACACACACACACACACACUCGCUCAACUACCAACCACUACCUUCACAAUGCAGUUCAAGCUCCUCAUCGCCGCUCUUGCCGCCGCCGCUGGUGUCUCCGCCGCUGUCUCCAACACCACCACCAACAGCACCACCUCCUCCAACAGCACCUCGACCACCAACUCGUCGGUCGUCACCUCCGCCACCCCCUCUGCCACUGAGUCCGCCGCUGCUGGCUCGCAGAACAUCGUUGGCGCUGGCAUCCUCGGUGCCGUCGUUGCCGGUGGCAUCGCUCUCGUCCUGUAA